CAGUGCGAGCGUCAGUGUUUUUGCCACUCGGUUCCAUGUGGCUAACUCGCGCACAAUGACUGGCCGCUCGCACGGUGUGCCGCUACUCUUAGCUCUAGUAGCCGCUUUGCUGCCCCUUGCGGAUUAUGUUGCAGGCGCUGGUGGUGGAGGUGGCAUGUAUGGUGAUGUCAACAUAUCCGCUAUACUGGACUCCUUUAGCAUAAGUUAUGACAAAAGAGUAAGACCAAACUAUGGAGGACCACCCGUGGAAGUGGGGGUCACCAUGUACGUGCUCUCCAUCAGCUCUCUGUCUGAAGUCAAAAUGGACUUCACGCUGGAUUUCUACUUCAGACAGUUUUGGACAGAUCCUCGACUGGGUUACAAAAAAAGACCGGGUGUUGAAACUUUGUCAGUUGGAAGCGAUUUCGUCAAAAAUAUUUGGGUUCCCGAUACAUUUUUUGUUAAUGAAAAACAAUCAUAUUUCCACAUAGCAACUACUAGCAACGAAUUCAUACGUAUUCACUAUUCAGGAUCUAUCACUAGGAGUAUCAGAUUAACUAUAACUGCAUCGUGUCCUAUGAACCUUCAAUAUUUCCCAAUGGAUCGUCAACUGUGCCACAUAGAAAUUGAAAGUUUCGGCUACACCAUGCGGGACAUCCGAUACAAAUGGAACGAGGGGCCCAACUCUGUGGGAGUGUCGAGCGAGGUGUCGCUCCCGCAGUUCAAGGUGCUCGGACAUCGUCAGCGAGCCAUGGAGAUCUCACUCACGACAGGAAAUUAUUCAAGACUGGCCUGUGAAAUACAGUUUGUUCGGUCAAUGGGAUAUUAUCUGAUCCAAAUUUAUAUUCCUUCUGGGUUGAUUGUUAUUAUAUCAUGGGUAUCAUUUUGGUUGAAUCGGAAUGCGACUCCUGCGCGGGUAGCGCUGGGGGUGACAACUGUAUUGACUAUGACUACUCUUAUGUCAUCAACGAAUGCCGCUCUGCCUAAGAUUUCAUACGUGAAAUCGAUUGAUGUUUACUUGGGAACAUGCUUCGUUAUGGUAUUCGCCAGUUUACUAGAGUACGCGACGGUGGGAUAUAUGGCUAAACGGAUACAGAUGAGGAAACAAAGAUUUGUUGCAAUACAGAAAAUAGCUUCCGAAAAAAAGAAUAAUAUGGAUUGCGCUUCGGUUGGGGAUUGUCACACUAUGAACAAAAUGAACAGUACUUUAAACAGAUGUCCUCCAAGCAGAAAUUCUGAGGUCCGUUUUAAAGUUCAUGAUCCCAAAGUACACUCAAAGGGUGGAACACUGGAAAAUGCUAUAAACGGAGGCCGUAGCGUAGAAGAAGAAAGUUCUGGCCCACCACCCCAUAUCCUUCAUCCUGGAAAGGACAUAAGCAAGCUGCUAGGAAUGACACCAUCUGAUAUUGAUAAGUAUUCACGCAUCGUAUUCCCAGUGUGCUUCGUAUGUUUUAACCUCAUGUAUUGGAUAAUCUAUCUCCACGUUUCUGACGUCGUGGCUGAUGAUUUGGUUCUUCUGGAAGAGGAUUAAUGGAGGGCGUUUUUUAACAUCCACUUA